AUGGGCAUCCUCCUGGAUGCGUUUGAGGCGCUUUUAAUGGCCCCGAAUGGGAUUUUGGUGGACGAGAAUGCGAUGAUGAGCGAUGCCGAGACGCUGGUCUCGCUGCGGCUUUUGUGCAAUGUCUUUGCGGUGCAAGUGAAGGUUCCAUGUGAAAUCUCACAGGCCCAUAUCACUUUAUUGGGGCGCACCACGAAGCGUCUGACCUUUUUCGCGCUUCAGAAACUGAUCAAUGGGAAUAUUAAAUCAUCCCUGGUGAGUCUUCUGAUUAACCUCGGUUUGUACCUGCCCACCUUGUCCAACCAGGGGUUGUGGACGACGGAGAAUCCAACAGGGGAGAAUUUUAAUGCGAAGGAUGGCCUGACCUCAUCGCUUGCAGGACUUUUUAUCACCGUUUCCGCAAAAUUUUUGUUGUACGAGCCGAUUGGAUCAGCUUUCACCGUAGAAGUACUGCGGGCCCUCUUCACGUUGUUUUAUCUUAGUAAAUUCACCCAGGUAGAACCUCACGCCGCGUGUUCGAAUGUGGAGUCAAUCGGUCUCGAUGAUUUGUGCAAAAUGGUGAAGUCCACACUACAAUAUACGCUUCCUUCCAUUGAAUCCGGUUCGAAUGUGGAUGCAAGACCCAUUGCGAAAGAAAUUAUGACAAUUUUAGGACUUUAG